AUGAAACCUGGACUGAAAUUGAAAAAUGUCCUUCAUUCCAAUAAUUCUCAUCCUUUUCAUUCUAUCAUUUGUAUCUAUCCCUCUAUAUUUUUACCCUUUCCAAUUAUCUUUGUCAUUUUUCCUUUUUUUCUUUCUUUCUUUCUGUCUUUCUUUCUUUCUUUCUUUCUUUCUUUCUUUCUUUCUUUCGUUAUCAACUAUUUCUCUGUCGAAAUUUCUUUCUUUCUCUCUUUUGUUCUGUCUUUCUCUCUUUUCCUUUCUUUUAUUUUUUUCUUUCUUUCUUUCUUUCUUUGUAAUGAAAUGAUCUUCCUCUCUCUACAUAAUUACGAUUUCUCUUUCUUUUUCUUUCUUUCUUUCUUUCUUUCUUUCUUUUUUUCUUUUUUUCUUUAUAAUGAAAUGAUCUCUCUUUCUCUACAUAUCUACUAUUUAUCUUUUUCUUUCAUUUUUUUUUCCUUCCUUUCUUUCUUUCUUUCUUUUUUUUUUCUUUUCUUUUUUCUUUUUUCUUUCUUUGUAAUGAAAUGA